GUGGGCCCAGCUGGCUGCCUCAGCCCUGCUUCCCUCACUGCACCUGUGCCUCACUGGCCUCCUUUCUGUUCAUGGAUUUCAAGUCCUCUCAGGCUCAGGGCCUUGUGCCUACAGUUCUUUGUUCUGUUUGUGAUACCCUGUCCUUAGCUAUCUGCUAGGCCACUCCCUUACUUUCAGGCCAUCUUACUUCAGCCUUCACUUACCAUCUUCGUGCAGUAGCACCCCCAGUCCUGCUCCUUGGCUGUGUUCUCCAUCCCUGUCCAGGGUAGACCUCAUCAGCACCUGAUGCCACUCUUCAGGGCCACUAGCUUGUCGAUCUGUCACUGUCUCCUGCAGUUAGAACAGACCCUGAGCAGGUAGGAGUGCAGGGAGCCCACUGCCAGCUUCUGGGUGGUGCCUGCCCGAGAAAUAGCUCCUGCCGUCCAUUUAGUCCCCAUGUGCCCAAGGUUUCCAUGUGUCCCAAAUGUGUUAGAUUCUGAAUCGCAGUCAGUAUGCAGUGACAUACCUGGUAUUGGAGAGCCAUCUGAAGGUCUGCCUGCGUCUUCUCAGGUCCUGAGUGUGGCUGCUGACAGUGUUUCAGAAUUUGGGAAGCAAGGAAUCUUUUUGCCAAAUGAGUAAGAGAAAGGGAAGGGACAGUGGCCUCACUGCUGGGAGAGGCACCGGCUCCAAGCUGAAGUCCACCAAGCUGCUGGAGCUUCUCAAGGCUCUGGAGGAGGGGUCUGGCCCUGGCAGGGAGGAGAUCUUUAUUGCCCCGCCUGACAGUGCGGCGGGUGACUUCACUGACGAGGACUCGGGGGAUGAGGAUGGCCGGCGAGGUGGCCCUCUGCCUGGCAGUGUACUGCAUGCCUCUGUGGUGCCCGAGGAUGAUGGCCCUGGGCCAGAUGAUGACGUGCAGCCUCGGGCAGCCAUGAGGAAGGAGGCAGCAGUGGCAGCGUUGCCACUCUGGACCAAGAGGGACAUCCACCCGGACUUCAGCAGUUGGACAGCGUCAGACCCCCAUAUGGACGAUCUCAAGAGCCAGGAACUGAGUCCUGUAGGCCUAUUUGAGUUGUUUUUUGAUGAAGGAAUGAUUAAUUUUAUUGUUAAUGAAACUAAUCGUUAUGCCCGGCAGAAAAACGUGAGUCUGGGUGCCACGGCCCAGGAACUGAAGUGUGUUUUGGGCGUUUUGAUUCUGAGUGGGUAUGUGUCCUACCCAAGGAGAAGGGUGUUCUGGGAAACGUCCCCAGACUCACAUCACCGUCUUGUGGCUGAUGCAAUUAGAAGGGACCGAUUCGAACUGAUCUUCUCAUACCUGCAUUUUUCAGACAACCAUGAGCUGGAUGCCAGCGACAGGUUCUCCAAAGUGCGGCCUCUCAUCGACCGAAUGAAUCAAAAUUUCCGGCAGCACGCGCCCUUGGAGGAGUUUUACAGCUUUGGUGAGUCGUUGUGUGAGUACUUUGGGCCUCGGGGGCCCAGGCCACCUGCGGCCAAGUCGGCGCCACUUGGUUGCAAGGUAUGGUGUGGCACCACCAGCAGCGGCUACCUGGUAUGGUUCGAGCCAUCGCAGGGCACUCUGUUCACGAGGCCAGCACGCGGCCUGGAUCUGGGCGCCAGCAUGGUGCUCAAGUUUGCGGAUGCUCUGCGGGAACGCGGCUGUCUACCCUACCACAUAGUUUUUGACAAGGUUUUCACGAGUGUCAAACUGAUGUCCAUCUUGAGGAAAAAGGGGGUGAAGGCCACAGGAACUGUACGUGAGUACAGAACUGAGCGAUGUCCCCUUAAAGAGCCGAGAGCGCUGAAGAAAAUGAGGAAGGGCUCGUUUGACUACAAAGUGGACGACCGUGAGGAGGUCAUUGUAUGCCGCUGGCACGACGGCAGCGUGCUGGACAUCUGCUCCAACGCUGCGGACAUAGCGCCCAUGGGGGCGCGCGGCCAGGCCCGCCAGCCAUCCCUGCUGAGGCUGUACCAGGACAAGGCAGGCGGCGUGGGCCGCCUGGAUCAGAACAUGGCCAGGUACAAAGUGAAGGUGCGAGGCACAAAGUGGUACUCUAGCUUCAUGGCCUACGUGCUGGACGCCGCCCUCAACAACGCGUGGCAGCUGCACAGGAUCUGUUGCCGCGAAGCGCACGUGGACCUCCUGGCCUUCCGCAGGUACGUGGCCUGCGUGUACCUGGAGAGCAACGCCCACACGUCCUCCCAGGGCAGGCGGAGCCGGCGGCUGGAGACCGAGAGCCGCUUCGACAUGGUGGGCCACUGGAUCGUGCACCAGGACAGGAGGACGCGCUGCGCCCUCUGCCACUCGCAGACUAACACCCGCUGCGAGAAGUGCCAGAAGGGCGUGCACGCCAAGUGCUUCCGGGAGUACCACGUCCGGUGACACGGAGGCGCAAGGCCCCUGUCCCAGUUCUGUUGGAAAAAAGACCUGAACCCCUGACGAAUCAUCAUUCGUUUUCUCCCCACCUAACGACAGUCACCUUUCUGUUAUCUUCUAUUAUACCUACAUGUGUGUUUAUGGUAGUAAUCGUGUUUGUAAAUCUGUAUUUUAUACUCUUAUUGAUUGCAACAUAUGGGCCCCUUUUUAUUAAAAAAAAAAUCUUGCUUUGGGGUAUAGCUGAGUUCUGGUAAGGACAAUCCGGUGUGACCAACCCCUUUAGAGAAACUUUCAUGAAUAGUGAAAAGGUUCUACAAUUGUGUGCUGUUGGUUAUAAUCUCAGACAUAGGCAGUAGUACGUAUUAUGUAUUGUUGUAUCAAUAUGAUGAAGGAUAUCUUAAUCAUAUUUAUUUUACUUUAACCCAAUGCUAGCAAACUGUCCAGGCAUAGAUAAGCUGCCUUGUUUAUCCAGAUGCCUAGAUUUGUAGUUUGUAUUUUCUUGAUAAAAAUAUUUUCCCAACAUACACAUGUUGAUGUGGAAUCCAUUUUAUAAGUAGUGUGAGGUAAGGAUCUGUUUUUUUUUACCCCAAAAUGGAUGAUUUCCAUUACUAAUUAAAAAUUAUAUAUGUGUGUGUGUGUGUGUGUGUGUGUGUGUGUGUGU